UUGAAGCUAAAUUUAAACAGCAAUGUCAGCAAACAUCACGUGAGCAAUUUGCAUUCCAGGCUUCUAGCCCCACCCACCAGUGAGCUAGGUCCAUUUAUAGUCUCAGGUCCAUUAUGGCCACUGGUCAAACUUGUUUAAGUUUAGGUGAUUUAAUUUAUGUUCUUGAGUUGUUGAAGAAAUGUGACUUCCCUAAAGCAAAUUGGUAUGACCUUGGACUGACACUAGGACUACUGAAGAGUUCACUGGACGUCAUAGAAAAGAAUCAUCCUCAUGAUGCAUCUCGCUGUAUGACAGAGUGCCUCUCCCAAUGGUUAGGUAGAGCUGAUAAUGUUGACAGUAGAGGAGGAGCCAACUUGGACUCACUGUCAGAUGCUCUAGGAUCUAUGAAUGAAACUGCUGUAGCUGAGAAGUUAAGUGAGUCAACCAUAACUGUAUGUAACUAUAAUCACUGUAUUUUCUAUCAUAGAACAUCAGGUUCUUAUUAAUAUUUUUAUUAAUCGUCAUACUGUCCUGUCUCAGUCUCUUUGUGAUUGUACUGCUAUUGCUUGGUUACUUUAUGGUGAACGUAUGUUAACACAAGAAGCAGUUAGUAGAGUGGUGUCAGCUAGUCCCUCUAUUCCUAAUCAACGUGAGGCUCUAUUAAC